AUGAUUAGAAACACAAAUGCCACAGUAUGGAAUCUAGAGCACCAUAUGGCUCAAAUGUCCAAGUUAAUUGAGGAGAGGCUUUUGGGGUCACUCCCUAGAAACACUGAGAUCAACCCAAAGGAAUCCCUUAAAGGUGUUUCAUUGAGGAGUGGGAAGCAACUCUCAAAUUUUAUUGAAAAAGAAGCCGAAAGGGAAGUAGUUGAACCAUCCAACAUUGUUGACCUUGAGGCCCCAAUCGAAGUAAAGGAGAAAAUAGUGGAACAAGGUAAGGAGAAGAGUGAUCCAUUAGUGUAUCAACCCAAGCUUCCCUACACUGUGAAGGUUAAAAAAGAUCAACAAGAUGAGCAAUGUAAGAAAUUCCUCUAUAUGUUCAAGACUUUACACAUCAAUGUUCCAUUUGUUGAAGCUCUUGCUCAGAUGCUGAGAUACGCCAAAUUUUUGAAGAAAUUGCUCACAAAUAAGAGAAAAUUGGAAGAUGUGUCCUUAGUGAUACUUAGUGAGGAGUGUUCGGCGUUGAUCACUAACUCACUCCCCAAUAAGGAAAAAGACCCAAGGGGAUUUAUCAUCCCUUGCACAAUUGAGGGACUCAUUGAUGAAAAGGAACUUGCUGAUUUGGGGGCAAGCAUAAAUCUCACGCCAUACAAAAUCUUUCAAAAGCUUGGGCUUGGGGAGCCGAAAUCCACUCCUAUGAUGCUACAACUGGUUGACAGGUCUAUCAGACAACCACGGGGGGAUCGUUGA